AUGUCUUUCUCUGAUUUCUCUAAGGUCGAAUCCAUCAAGGCUGCCAACGACUUCUUGGCCGAAAAGUCUUACAUCGAAGGUACUUCCGCUACCCAGGCUGACGUUGCCGUCUACAAGUCUUUCCAGAAGGAAUUCCCAAACUUUGCCAGAUGGUUCAACCACAUCGCCUCUUUCACUGAAGAGUUCGCUGACUUGCCAGCCGGUACCGUUCCAGCUGCCGCUGCCUCUGUCGAAGAAGACGACGAUGACGUCGACUUGUUCGGCUCUUCUGACGAAGAAGUCGACGAGGCCGCUGAAAAGCUCAAGCAGCAGAGAUUGGCCGAGUACGCCGCCAAGAAGGCCAACAAGGGUGCCAAGCCAGCCGCCAAGUCCAUUGUCACCAUGGACGUCAAGCCAUGGGACGAUGAAACCAACUUGGAAGAGUUGUUGGCCAACGUCAAGGCCAUCGCCAUGGAUGGUUUGGUCUGGGGUGGUUCCCAGUGGAUCCCAGUCGGUUUCGGUAUCAAGAAGUUGCAGAUCAACUUGGUUGUCGAAGAUGAUAAGGUCUCUUUGGAUGACUUGCAGGCUUUGAUCGAGGAAGACGAAGACCACGUCCAGUCUACCGACAUUGCUGCCAUGCAAAAGUUGUAA